GAUUCAUCUCCCUUACUCUUGCUCUAAUUAUUCAUCUCUACUUGUUUCCCAAUACUUACGUGAUUUAUUCCUCAUUACUUCCUCCCUUCUCUCUCUCUCUACCUGCAUCUGUCAUUGCUUUACCCUCUCUCUCUCUUCGCUGUCUCUCCCUUAUUACUUCUCCCUACCCUCCCUUUCUCUCCCUACCUCCCCCCCAUCUCUCUGGCACCCCACCUCGAUACUCUAGUGACAGGCGUGGCACCGUGGCCCUCCCAGUGCCUGUUUGGGCUGUGUGAGUGAGUGUUAGCCCCUCUCUUCCUUCUCGUCUUUCAUCACCACCUUCCUCUUCCUCCUCCUCCUCCUCUCUCUACAAGUACAAGAGUGUUACGGAUUUACUAAGAGGAUUUAACGAGUUUAUAAAGUGUUGGAUUCCAUUGCACAAGUGUCAUUUCUCGUCUAUAACUCAUCUAUAAGGACAGCUAUUGGAUUAUUUUCGAUGAGUUGCUAUUACGUCGCGACAACGACAAUCACAGCCUCAACCACCAUCACCGCCACCACCACCACCACCACCGCCACCGCCGCUGUCCUCCUUCGCUGUUAUUAGUCAAGCGUGAUGGAGCGGUGCGGGCGGCGGAUCAGGCUGGCGGGCGGCGGUGAGGGCGGCGCGCGGCCAUGACCGGGGACGGGACGGGCGGGGCGCCGCACGAGGCCAGCACGGGCGGCGGCGGCACCCUGGGCGUCCGCUGGGGCGACGUCCCCCCGGACAAGGAGGAGAUGAUGGACACGCUGGAGGACGACAAGGAGGAGGGCGGCGGGCGGGGCUCCGCGGGGCUCACGCGCCUGCACAGCCGCUCCAUGACCUCGCUGCCGCCGGAGCCCUUCAUGAUCAUGCGCUCCAAGGCGCUCAACCGCCGCGUGCAGCUGAACGUGGGGGGCGUGCGGCACGAGGUAUUGUGGCGCACGCUGGAGCGGUUGCCGCAUACACGCCUGGGCCGCCUGCGGGAGUGCAACACCCACGAGGCCAUCAUGGAGAUCUGCGACGACUACUCCCUCAUCGACAACGAAUACUUCUUUGACCGCCACCCGCGCUCCUUCUCCUCCAUCCUUAACUUCUACCGCACGGGCAAGCUCCACCUGGUGGAGGAGAUGUGCGUGCUGGCCUUCUCCGACGACCUGGAGUACUGGGGCAUCGACGAGCUGUACCUGGAGUCGUGCUGCCAGCACAAGUACCAUCAGCGCAAGGAACACGUGCACGAGGAGAUGCGCAAGGAGGCGGAGUCGCUGCGGCAGCGCGAGGAGGAGGACUUCGGGGACGGCUGGUGCGCGCCCUACCAGAAGUUCCUGUGGGACCUACUCGAGAAACCCCAGACGUCCCUCGCCGCCCGGGUGCUGGCUGUGAUCUCCGUGAUCUUCAUCGUCAUGUCGACCCUCGCGCUCGUGCUCAACACGGUGCCCAGCUUUCAGGGGCCGGAGCAGGGCGACAAUGAGAAACUGGCCAUGGUGGAGGCCGUGUGCAUCACCUGGUUCACCCUCGAGUACGUCCUAAGGUUCGCCGCGAGCCCCAACAAGUGGAAAUUCUUUAAGGGGGCGAUGAACGUGAUAGACUUGCUGGCCAUCCUGCCCUACUUUGUCUCGCUGUUCCUCAUAGAAUCCAACAAACACACGGAUCAGUUCCAGGACGUGAGAAGGAUCGUACAGAUCUUCAGAAUUAUGAGAAUUCUCAGAAUUCUAAAGUUAGCCCGACACUCGACGGGUCUGCAGAGCUUGGGCUUUACUCUGAAAAAUUCAUAUAAAGAGUUAGGUUUGUUGAUGUUGUUUUUAGCCAUGGGCGUGUUAAUCUUUUCGAGUCUCUGCUAUUUUGCGGAAAAAGACGAGAACCCUGUGUACAAAAGUAUCCCUGAAACUUUCUGGUGGGCGGGCAUCACGAUGACCACGGUGGGGUACGGCGACAUGUACCCCAUCACGCCCCUCGGCAAGGUGAUCGGCUCCGUGUGUUGCAUCUGUGGUGUGCUGGUCAUUGCGCUGCCUAUUCCCAUCAUCGUCAACAACUUCGCCGAGUUCUACAAGAACCAGAUGCGACGAGAGAAGGCCCUCAAGAGGCGGGAGGCCCUCGAGCGCGCCAAGCGUGAGGGCUCCAUCGUCUCCUUCCACCACGUCAACCUCCGCGACGCCUUCGCCAAGUCCAUGGACCUCAUAGACGUCAUCGUGGACACAGGCCACAAUAUGUCACAAGCGGAUGCAAACUCGGUAGCGGGGGAGUCCAUGAGAGCUGGCCAGACCGGGACAGGAUGCUACAAGAACCACGAGCACCAUAUGGGUCGUCUGCAGAAGGAGGCGCAGCAGGGGGCAAGAGGAGACACCGGGGUUAUUCCAAGUGCUCCAGCCCCUAAUAUUCUCGACCUCCCCCCUACGGAUGAGCAGCGGCCCCCCACCUCCCCAGAGUAUCAGACCCCGGAGUUGAAGAGAAAACAACGGCAUCUCCUGGCUCUUGGUGACACUGUUAAUGAGGUCGACUGUUGUUUUUGCUCAACCAAGGACGCGACGGAACAAACGACGGGGCAGCUCAGCGGUAACAGCACAGAGCCUGAGGGCCCGAGUAGCCGCUACCUUGCCUCCGAGUCCCCUCCCAGUGUGUUCAACAAGGACUACAAGGAGUUCAUAGACGCGGAAUGCCUGGUGCCGGCCCCGGUGACGGAGGCGCCCUUCCCCAUAGAGCUGCGGCCGCUUAAGACCACGGAUGGGGGGCGGGGGGGCGGGGGGAUGGGCCACGACUUGGCCUCCAUGGACUCAACAGACACCUUCGCCUCCUGCCCCACCCACCCCUUCAACUCGGAGGCUGACCUCACCGACGACCCGCCCAACAACAAAGACUCCAACCUCUACGUCAAUCCCCUCGACGCCGACGGCUACCAGGCCCCGGGCGCGGCAGCGGGCGCGGGCGCAGGCGCGGGUGCGGCGGCGGAGGCGACGACGGCGGCAGCGGCCUCGCCCCGCACGCCCACGCCGCGCUCCUCGCCGCGCCACCGCCUGCACCGGCCGCAGGGCUACACCACCGACUCCUUCGACGACACGCGCAGCACCGACAACCUGUUGGGCAGCAGCCGCUCCUCCCUGCAGGACUCCCCGCUGCCCAAGCACCGCCGCGCGCGCUUCCAGGAGGAGAAGCCGAGACCGUUCAGCCGCCUUCUGGAGUCCGUGGAGAGAGCUCGGGCUGCGCGGGAAAGCUCGGCAGGAGACAAGUGCACCAAGAUCAACAGCAGAGGUCGCAGCGGUAGCAAAUCAUCGCUAGGCGGAGAUUCGCUGGACUCGAGGCGGUCCCUGGGGUCCCCGGAGCGGCGCAAGUCCAUCCUGAAGCACCGCGACCCCGAGACGGAACAGCUGCUGCCGGACCUCACCUACGAGCCGUCGCCGCCGCCGCCCUCCCACGACCAGGACAAGCACGGCCGGCCCACGCUCAAGGGAAUUGGGCCCCGCGCAGGAGGGAAGCCGCACGCCCUCCCUGUCAAGUUCGUGGGCGUGGACGAGGAGGAGGACAGCAACCGGCCGCGACGCAUCCUGCCCCGCUCGCCCAUGCCACGGAGACACCCGCAGCGGGCGCCGCUCGCGGACCUGCUCGCGGACUUCGCGGGGCAGGAAAAGGCGGCGCGCGACGAGGCCACGCCGGAAAAUAUCUUAAAGGACUCACUCGAGACGAACUUGUUCUCGCUAGCGGAGAGCCUUGACCAGCGUAACGCCAACACGGUGCUGCGCUGCUCCAAGGCGCCAUGCUUGUACAACCAGCCUGCCUCCACCUCGCCCAUGGCCCUAUCGCCUGGUGGGGAGGGCGUGUCGCUGCUCUGCCUGUGCGGCGCGCCCAUGACCCGCGUGCCCGCCACCCCCGCCAUCAUCACGCCCACCUCUGCCACCGCCGCCCGACCCAUCAACGAGAACUGCCUCCUCACCGACGACCUCAACAACGGGCCCGCCACCCUCGGGGACAUCGAAGACUUCCUCUUCGCCGACCACACGCCCACGGAGGAGACCCGCCUGCUGGAGCGCGCCCUCAACAUCCCCCGCAACAAUUCCGGCCUCAACAGCUAACCCGCUGUGUUGUUCUGCCCGCCACACUCCUCGUAGCCGACCAAGCGCUACACACGCCGUCACAUCCUUGACAGAGAGGCGCCGCCAGCAGACAGCAAGGAGGGCGCCGCCAGCAAGGGUGCCUGUGUCUGUCUAUGUCACCGGGUCCCUCUCCCCCCUGCAGCGCCGCCUUCAGACAAGCCCCGUGCCUGGAGAAGUCACCUGAGAUGUCUGCUAGUCUGACAUGAGAGAGAGAGAGAGAGAGAGAGAGAGAGAGAGAGAGAGAGAUGGGGUGGGUGCGUGUCGAAAGGAACAGCCUCAGUCAACCGCCUCUUCUUCGAACGGGGACUCGUGUACUCGACUUCCCUAACAGAAAACGGAGCAAGGCACAAGAACCUCCUCCCUCUUGUAACUGAGCCAACCUCGGCAGCAGACAAGGCAAGGAUAAUGACGGCAGGAGGAGGAAACUGACCUUCCCCGAAACUGCUCAAAGCGUCCACCUCAAAGAACGAAAGGGAAAGGGGGAAAAGAGGAAAAAACUCCAUCUUUUCAGCGAAGGAUAAAAAAGAAAGGGGAAAAAUAACGUUCUCUCCAGGUCUUCAAAGUGUGUCUAGCUUGUAGAACGAAAGGAAAAUGGAAAAGGGAGGAAAACACCUUCUCUUCAGCUCAUAAUUCGAAAGGAAAAUGGAAAAAAGAUGAAAGUAGCAUUCCAUUCAGCUCCUCAGAGUGCCAGCCUUAUAGGACGAAAGAAAAGAAAGAAAAUUACGAAAAAAAAAUCUCUCCAGGUACUCAAAAGUGUCUAGCUCUGAGGAAAAGGGGAAAAGAAGAAAAUAUAACAUCUUUCUUCUCUAACGAAAGAAAAUGGAGGGAAAAAAUGGAAAAAAAAUUCUCUAGCUGCUUUUGAGUGUGUCCAGCUCUUAGAACGAAGGAAAAAAAAGGAAAAAAUUAUACAAAGAUAGUCACUGAAGAAUUUAUGAAGAAGGAGCUUAAGAAGGACAAAUUAAGUUAAUCUGGGCGAACAAGGACGAAGAGGAAAAGGAAGAGGAAGAGGACGAGAAAGAGGGAGAGUUGAAGGGAGAGGGAAGACGGCAAGACGUUGUAACUCUCACUAAACACAAUUAUACACUUUGUUAUACUAAUAGGACUCUCUCUCUCUCUCUCUCUCUCUCUCUCUCUCUCUCUCUCUCUCUCUCUCUCUAGAUUCCUAAUGUAGCAGAGAGAGAGAGAGAGAGAGAGAGAGAGAGAGAGAGAGAGAGAGAGAGAGAGAGAGAGAGAAUCAACUCUUAAAGCAAUAACUACACAGCUGUAAGGUUGGAGGGAUAGUAACACACACACACACACACACACACACACACACACACACACACACACACACACACACACACACACACACACACACACACACGUCGUCUGUCUAUCCCUAUAUCAAACACAAAACCCUCAAUAAAAAAUAUAAAAACGAAAAAAAAAAGGUUCUAAGGAGCCUAGUGAGUUAGAAGAGAGGUUUAGAUGAGGUUAGGUGAAGCAAGAUCGGCGGGGUUGAUGCAGCGGUCCACGGUGGCCUAUGCAGCGCCCAAGUGUCUGGCCGUCAGUACCCGUUCCGGUCCUCGGCGUCAGUUUCAAAAUACAGGUCAAAAUAAAUGAACCCUUCUAAUCUGCACCAUUGCCAAUCCCUUGUUAGAGAAGCUGGAUAAUAUUAAUCCUUCAUUCCGUAGUCUUGUCUGAUACGAUUCUAAGCGAUUGUAACUCACCAAGAUGCAAAAUAGUGGUAUCUGAUUCCUUUUAACUUAAUUACACUUUGAUUUGACUGGUAGUGUAAAGCUGGAGGUUCUUGACCCACACAAAAGUGAAGCAAACAUUGAGCUGCUGUAAUGGUUCCGAUUAUUCGCUACUAAAUCAAAGGUUUUUUCAAGGACAUUUGCAAGAGACUGAUGCAGUGCCGACGCCGAAGGUCACGGUAGUUUUCUCUAGUGUAAAGUUAAUUCUAAUACUAAUAGUCUCCGUAGCUGCGACGCCAACGUGAUAAAAUAUAAAAAAAAGACUUUCAAAAAUAAAAAAAAACCUAGAAUUUAACAAGCUUUGUGCGCCUAUACAAGCCAUUCCGCAAGAAAGCCAGCCAGCCAGCCAGCAAGCCAGCCAGCCAGCCAGCCAACCACCCAGCCAGCCAGCCAGCCAGCAAGCCAGCCAGCCAGCCAGCCAGCCAGCAAGUCAGCCAGUGUCUUGCAUUCCGUGUCUGCGAAACUCUGCUAAACUGCACCAGGAAAAAUAUAAUAACAGGAACAAGAAAGCGUUCCACAAAAGCUCAUUUUAUCACAUAAGAUGGUGAAAUUUAUAUAUAUAUGUGUGUGUGUAUGUAUAUAAUGAUAAUGACGUUGUUGUUGGUGAUUUGUGAUGAUAAUAAUGAUGAUGAAGAUGGUGAUGAUGAUAGUGAUGCUAAGUGCGACCCAACCCUUACAAUAUAUAUUCAUUCCUUCCUCUCCUGUUUCAACUACGAGGGAGAGGAUGAGAUAAGUGCGUGAGUCAUGCGAUGGUGUAGAGUGAGACCCUUUCUGUACCUGACAAACUAAACAGCCAGGACUGACCGUGAGAUUGUCAGCCCUGGGAAGCGUGACAGAGGAAGAGGGAAACUGACAGAGACUCAAUGACAGACUGCGAGAUAGAGAAGGAAAGAAAGAUACAAGUGUUGGGAACUACAAAACAAAGUGAUGGCUAUAGUUUUGCAUACUCUUCCCUCUUUGUUGAUAAGCACAGUUAUCGCCUUCUGAACAAGUAUAAUAUAUAUAUAGUUUUAUCUGUCGUUUCGUCAAAAAAUACUACUACUACACGGAUCUGCACAAACACAAAAUAUAUAUAUAUAUUCUGAUGGAUAUGUUACGAAGCAAAAUUGAUCAAAAAAACUGUUAAGGGAAUAUAAACUGUGAAGAAAAGUACCUACGUAAGAAACCAAUGAAAACUCGGAAAAGAAGAUAAGUGUGCAUGUGUGUGUGCGUGUGUGCGUGUGCAGAGGAAAAUGAAGAGUGGAAAAGGGGAAUAUGAUGAAAUAAUGUGAUAUGAUUUAAUAAAAUGAACAAAUGAAUAUCAAUGCGGAUUUUAAGCUCAAGUUAAUACAAAAAGUAAUCGCAGUGUUAUAUAAUAAUAAUAAUAAUAAUAAUAAUAAUAAUAAUAAUAAUAAUAAUAAUAAUGAUAAUAAUAGAAAAAUUUAAGAGUUUCCUCAACCAGCGGAAAGUGAGAAAGGAAAAUUACUCCUUUCUUUAUAUUUUUUUUUCCAAAACAAAGCACCGACACUUCAUGAGAUAAGUAGAUGAAGCAUUUGAAGCACUCUUUGAAGCAUCAUUUUACUCGAACCACACCUGCCUCUUAACAUGACGCAACGUGUUUGGGUCACCGCCGCGGGAACCUACUAGUACUAGCCCCGCGUGGCAUUCUGUAGCUUGUUAUUCUUUUGAUCAUUAAUUCCAAAGUAUUACCGCCUCUGCUGUACAUUUACCUCACGGAACCAUUAAAAAAAGGAACAGAA